AACCCCGUCUGCGCCGAGUGCGGCGCGCCGGACGUCGAGUGGGUGUCCAUGGCCGUGGGCUGCGCGCUCUGCGUCGACUGCGCGACGAUCCACCGCAAGCUGGGCGCCGAGUUCUCCAAGCUCCGCGCGUUGUGGCUCGACCGCUGGUCGCCGUUGAUGCUCAAGUACCUGCACCGCGCGGGCGGCAACGCGCGGGCCAACGCGGUCUGGGAGCGCGAGACGCCGAGCGGCUGGACGAAGCCCGACCCGCUCGCGCCCGCGCACGUCAAGGAGCAGUGGAUCGUCGCCAAGUACGUCUGGAACGGGUUCCUGGGGAAGCCCGGCGCGCUCGACGGCGGCGACGACGCGCCGUCGCGCGCGCUCACGCGCGCGGCGGCGAGGGGCGACGUCCACGCGCUCAAGGUCGCCUUCGCGAACAAGGGGCUCGCGACGUGGCGCGACCCCUCGAACAAGCACCGCACGGCCCUGCACGUCGCGACGUCCGCGGGCGCCGCGGACGCCGUCGCGUUCCUGCUGCUCAACGGCGGCGACGUGCACCAGCUCGACGACGACGACGCGACGGCCCUCUGCCUGGCGUCCGCGUCCGACUCCGCCGUCGAGGUCGCCCAGCUCAUCCUCGAGCACGAGCAGGGGGAUCUGUGGUAG